GGCGAGAGCAAAAGAAUUGAAUGGCAGGAUUGUUACUGUAACAGUGAAUUGUGAUGAUGGACUCAUCUGGUACAUGUAGUCUAAGCUCAAACAGAGGAGGUAAACUUCUCCCAGCAGCCUCUAGGACUAGAUCUAGAAGUCCUAAAGGAAUGGGAAGGUUUUGUAGUACCAAAGCUCCUCCUCAAUGCAGCUCUAGAAGCAUGCUGUCUAAGCUGUAUAAUAGAGAGUUAAGAGGUAACUUCCAAAGGCACAAACACAGUAGAAACAUGAAACUUUUCAAUCGCAUUCCUGGCAGACUAGGCUUCAGCCUUAAUUCAUUAGUAGAUGAGAUGUUACUACAUCAAGGACUGGUGUUCCUUGGGUUCAGUAAAGAUGGUAGAUUUGUGAUGUCAUAUUCUCUACAGAUGGAGGCUUUGGAUCACACAGUUUCUCCAGUGUACAUAUACAGGCUGCAAUGGUGGCAGUUUGUGCCAUAUAGGCCACUGAAACAGAUAUCAGAGAUUCGAUUGUUUGUUGAAGAUGAUAUCCAACAAGAUCUUUAUGUAGCCAUAUGUGAGUGGCCUUCAGAUAACUCACAGUUGUUAGUAUAUGGAUAUGGGCCAUCUUCAGGUUAUGAAGAGAAGCGUCAGUGUUACGUCACAAUAACAGCCAUACCUCCCUUAGAUGUUUGCAGUAAUUGUCAGAAACUCAGCAAUAGGAAGGAGGACCCACCUUCUGGGGUAGAAUUUGCUGCCUAUGACACAAGGCCCAACAAAAUGUGCCUUCAGCAUUCUUUUGCAGUACAUACAAAAUUUGAACUUGCUCCGCCAUUUCCAUUCUUCACCGCCAGAACUAGCCUAAGUAUAGAUGGUGUUGCUGUAUUAAACACUGGUGAUUCACUCAUUGCAUUAAGUGUAGAGCUUGGCAAUAAAUGCCAUUUGGAAGGCUCGUUAUUGAGCCAAAGAGACUUGAACUUAAAGGAAGAUCCAUUCCUCUUUCUUCCAAGCUCAUCUGAUACUUCUGUACCCAGUAGAGAAGACUCACAACGAAGCUAUGUAGCAAAUAGACUGCUGUCUCCUGGAACUGAUAAAGAAAAUGUAUUCAGCACCCCUUUAUCUCCACUCUCAGACUGUACUAACAUGAGAGAACAGAAAAAUAAUCUCAGCUCAAAGGAUAAGAAUCUUGAUUUGAGUUCAGUUGAGGAUGACAAUCUUAAAAGUAUGAGUAGCCCAGAGUCUCCAAUAUUACAGCCCCCUACCCCACCUAUAAAAGACAAAGACUCAAUACAAAGACUUAAUCCCAGUAGCCCAGGUUCAGCAGGUGAGAAUCCCUACCUAGCAUUACCACUGGGAGACAGGAAUAAUCUUAACAAGUACACAUAUCUAUCUCCUCUGUGUUUAUCAUUGGAGAAUGGUGCUGAGCCAAGUGAAGGGACGUGUAGCUCCUGCGUCAGUAGCCCUCUAGUCUUUCAGAAUGACUCUAAGUGUUUCACUUACUCAAUACGUAGAUAUGUAGAGAGCAGCCACCUGGACAACACUGAACCUGAAGAUGAUCUAAGUUUAUCAUACAACAGUAUUUUACCUCUCGAGGUCUUGAUGGGUAACUCAAAUCACAUGCGCCUUGCUACCUCAGAAUGGGACAAUCCAGAGGGUGGCUUAGUGGUUAAACAGCUGACAAUGGACAUAGAGCAUUAUAUAGGAGAGGCUGUGAGACAGCAUGCUGACUGGGGGAACAGAUAUAUCUCAUUCACAGAUUAUGACAUGCAAAUAUUAACAGUUUGUCCUGAAAGCUACAGUGUUGUAGUGAUAGUCUUGGCCCUGGUCUGCUGUAAGUCACCACACAUUAAGAAAGAUGUCAACUACAAGCAUCACACUAGAGCACCUCCCAAAGUUUACCAGACAUCUUUUAAACUUAUAUGGAACUUGCGCACUGGUUCCUAUGAGACUGUAGAUAUUGAGGAUCUACAAGAAUAUGACCAAAGGGCAUUUUUAAGGAAAGAAUGGCACCCUGGUCACAGUUUAUGUGUGUCCAUGCAGAAACAAUGGCACAUCCCCCAGCCCUAUGCUACAUCUGUCCAUGUGCUCACAAAUCAACCAGUCUUCAAAGGUCAGUCGCUGAAGACAAUAGUUGACCCCCAUCACUAUGUGGCUAUUGUGCUAUGACCCUGGCCUGAGGGGUACAAUAUGCACUGGAUGUCUGCCUACCCUGAAUAGCCAAGGAGUGGUACAGCCAGUGUAAGGCUCAAGUGGAUUGUCAUAAGCCUACUAAAUUAUCUUCAUAAUGUGUACUGAUACAUGCCACCUGUAUUGGUGUGUAAUGACUAAGCUGCUUGUAUUGGUGUGUAAUUACAAUAAUAUGUAUUACUUUACAUGUAUAUUGUUGUGUAAUUAAGCCACUUUAAUUAUGCAUUUGACUAUGUAAGCUACUUGUAUUGGUUUGUUUUACUAGGCUAUAUAAGUGACCUGUAUCGAUUUAUGAUGAUUACUGUACUCCCAGUAUUUUUGCAUGCGAUUUAGUUUCAUGCUUUUCGCGAUUGUGGUAAAAUCGCAAAAAAU